UGUAUCACUUCACAUACGUUUAGUUUUCUAUUAAAGGCGCUAAUCCAUCCAAAAUCAUAAUUUUGUACUUGAUUUUUAAUUUAAACAAAUAUACCGCUAAUUUCUUAAUUAAUUUUAUCUUAAGUUAACUUCCAUCCAUUCACUCUCUUUAAGUUAGUUCAUCUUACACAGUCGAACAUGGUUAUUAUUAGAGCAAUUAACCUCCCAGAUGCCGGUCUAGUUUACAGCUCCACCAACACUCAAUUGAAGAUUGGCGACCGGAUCAUUGGAACAGGAACUCUUUAUUGUAACCAAGAUUCCUUAGAAUGGAUGCCCACAGAUGGCCCCGAAGGUCUAUCCAUACUCUGGAAACAAAUAAGUGUUCAUGGAGUCGCACCAAAUCCAGUUAAAUGCAUUUAUUUUAUGUUGGAUCAUAAAUUAGUAUGGGAAGGUGUUUAUGGUGAUGUCCUCAUACCAAAUGGUAAUGAACUUAAUGGAGGGGAAAGUGAUGAUGAUGAAGAUGAAGAAUCAAAUAGCGAAGAAAUGACUGAAAUGUGGCUUAUUCCAAGCGAUCCAAAUACUGUUGAUUCGAUAUAUCAAGCCAUGACCGAUUGUCAAGCUUUGCACCCAGAUUCGGCUGAAAGCAUUUCGGGUUCCGAGAGUGAUUAUAUGGAUUUUGAAUCUGUUGGUCAGGACCGCCAAGACGAUGAUGAUGAAAACGAUGAUAAUGUGGGUGGCAAUAUGCAGGAUUUGAAUAUAAAUGAUGAAAGGUUUGCCGAUGCAGAAGAGUAAACAAAGAAAAUUAAAUCACAUUGAAUUGAAUUCCUAUUUGAAAGAAAAAAAAGUAAUAAAUUAAGAUUUUUUCUAA